GGAUAAUGUGAUAAACCCAAAUUGUAUCCAUUCCCAUAUUUCUGAACUCUUUCUUCUAAAACCCCUUCUGUUAAGUUCUGGGUACACUCUCUCUCACCCGCCCAACAAUGGCUUCAAUCUCAUCCAUUUCGUCACCACCGAAUUUCUUCCACCACUCCGUCAAUAUUCUCAAAGCUUCACCCAAACUCUCUCUCCAAAUUCUCAAGCCAACCCUAACAUCUCAUCCUCACAUACUCACUUCCUCUUAUCUCAUUAUAGCUCCUUCUCCUAGGCACUCCCAAAGACUGUUCGCCGUCGCAGAAGCAACCUCCGUUGAUACAUCUUCCGAGGCCGCCCGAAGACUUUACAUCGGCAACAUUCCCAGGAACCUCAAGGACGAUGAGCUCACUAAAAUUGUUGAAGAACAUGGUGCUGUAGAGAAGGUCGAGGUUAUGUACGAUAAGUAUUCUGGUAGGAGCCGGAGGUUUGCAUUUGCGACGAUGAAGACGGUUGAGGAUGCGAAUGCAGCUGUUGAAAAACUGAAUGGAACUGAGAUUGGUGGACGGGAAAUCAAAGUAAACAUAACCGAGAAACCUCUGUCGAAAGUUGACAUGUCACUUCUCCAGGCUGAGGAUUCCCAAUUCGUUGAUAGUCCUCACAAGGUUUAUGUUGGAAAUAUAGCGAAAGCUGUUACUACUGAAACUCUUAAGAACUUUUUCUCUGAGAAGUUAACUGUUCUUAGUGCGAAGGUUUCUCGGGUUCCAGGGACCUCAAAGUCCACAAGAUUCGGGUUUGUAACUUUCUCAUCAGAGGAGGAUGUGGAAGCUGCUAUCUCUUCAUUUAACAAUUCUUUAUUGGAAGGUCAGCCAAUUCGUGUAAACAAGGCAUAGUAUGUAGCUAGUUGGAUGAAUUUUUCAGAGUUUUACUUGUACUGAUUUUAUCAGAUUAAAGGAGAGGCCUAUUUAAAUCAAAUGAAAAUCAUUGCUAAUUUGUGCUCCUUUUGUUGAUGAUUCUAAGGUUUGUAAUUUUCUUACCCUAUAAACCUUUGUUUGGUAAGAAGAAUGGAAUGAGUUAAGGAUGGAUUGUAUAUGGCCCAUGGAAACAUAGGAGGGAAUGGAUUGGGUUGGCACCUUAAAAUUAUUUGGUAAGCUGGAAGUAAGGAUAUAAAUUCUAAAAUAUAAAAAUAAUCUUUUAAAA